AGCUGUGACUCAGACGCCUACAAUAAUUUUUUUUAGCAAAACAAUGGAGUUCCAGUGGCCAUGGGAGUACACUUUUCCACCAUUCUUUACAUUGCAACCACAUGAGGAAACUCGCCAACAACAACUAAAGGUCUGGGCAGAUCUCUUUCUCAAAUACCUCAAACAUACAAAUAAGUUUACGCUUAGUAUCAACGAUCAAAGCUUGCCAUUAUACUACAAUGAAUCUAUCAAUCGACGUCUGUCGCCCGAGCUCCUGCUGCAAGUACUAGAGCAGCUGCAGCGCAGUGGACAUGCAGCGCCAUUAGACAAACGACGCCAGGAGUGGCAGGUGUACUGGCACACGCUGGAAGAGUAUGGAAACUUAGUGUACGAUUGGAUACAGGAGACGGGACAAACCAAUAGUAUAUGCACAUUCUAUGAGAUAUCCUCAGGAGAGAGCACCACACAGCAAGAGUUUCAUGGCGUGGACGAAGCUGUGCUGCUCAGUGCAUUGCGCUUAUUGGAGGAGAAGGGCAAGUGCGAGCUAAUUGAAAUGGACGGCAGUCAUGGCGUGAAAUUCUUCUAAAUGUGUGAUUGUGCUUCUAAAACGCGUAGCUUAUUAAUCUUUAAUUCUAUGUAAAUUAAACUAAAAUUUAUUUCGAUAACAUUCAGAUUGUUGGUAAUCGAGCAGCCUCCACAUUAAAUCUGC